UAUUAUUUCUAUGAAACUUGAAGAUUAAGGCUCAAAAAAUAAGUUUGAAAGAGGAGUGAAUAGGUUUGUUAAUAUACUUUUUCCUCCCAUGGUUUACGAUGGAAAGUUUCAAAUUUUUAUUAAAGUAGAGAGAAUAGUAUAAUACAUCCCCUUACACCUUUUACCCAACUUAAACUGCAUUCAUGGUUUAUGUUUAAUCUAUUUUCUCCCAACCUCAGGUUAUUUUAAAGCAACUCAUAGGCAUGCUUUUUAAAAUUUAUAAAUAUUUCCUGAGGAGAAUAAUUUUAACUUUUAAAAAUGUAACCAUGUUCUUAACUGAGUUCUUAAUUUCCUAUGUUAAUUCCUUACACUUGCCUUUUACGACUCUGUUAUUUUCAUAGCCGUGAUCCUGGCAUCCCUAGUCCUGAUAGCAUAAUCUCCUGUUCUAUUCUUCUGUAUACUUAUAGGUUAGACAUGAGGGUUUAUAAGUUUUAAUGGGAGUGGUUGAGGUGUGGUAUGAAUAGUGGUUAUUGCUUUAUUUGUUUUACCUCUUAAAAACAGUUAAUUAUUUCUUGGAGACUGAAGUAGUUGAUAGUUGUAAUUCCUCUACAAAAUCAUAAAGGAGGAAGACAUUAGAACAUUGUAUAUAUAGUAUAUAUUAUUACAUGUAGUACAGAUUAUCUUAUUCACAUUACUUUCUUUUGAAUAACCAGAAGAUAGCAUAGUAUACUGUUAGAUGGAUGGUUGACAUGUUUUUUGCAUUAAAAAGUAUGACUUUUACAGCAUAUGGAAAAGAAGGUGUGAAAAUGAACUUCAUAGAUCGGAUCUUUAUUGGUGAAUUAACUAGCACGGUCAUGUGUGAAGAAUGUGCAAAUAUCUCCAUGGUGAAAGAUCCAUUCAUUGAUAUUUCACUUCCUAUAAUAGAAGAAAGGGUUUCAAAACCUUUACUUUUGGGAAGAACGAAUAAAUACAGAAGUUUACAGGAGACAGAUCAUGAUCGAUGCAGUGGCAGUGUUGCUAUAGAAAAUAUUCCUCAACCUAGAGCUGCCAAAAAGCAUUCUUCACCUAAAGAUAAGAAUCAACUAAUUCAUGACCGAAAACGUAUUAAAAAAUUGUCGUCUGGAGAAACUGUUGUCAUAUACCAGAAAAAUGAAAACCUUGAAAUGAAUGAGGAUUCUUUCAUGUUUGCAAGCCUCAUGAAUUCUGAGUCAACUCUGAAUGAAAGCCCUACUGAUGACAGUGAAAAAGAAGCCAGCCAUUCUGAAAGCAAUGUUGAUGCCGACAGUGAGGCUUCAGAAUCUGAAAGUGCUUCAAAGCAGCCAGGGCUGUUCAGAUCCAGUAGGGGAUCCGGCGUGCACACAGAUGGACCCCUUUGCCCUCCAUCAGCAGGUGAAAUGCUGUACACCAAGGAGACUGACAGUGGUGAUAAGGAAAUGUCUGAAGCUAUUUCUGAACUUUGUUUGAGCAGCACUGUAACUGGAGAUCAAGAUUUUGGCAGAGAAAAUCAGCCACUAACUUUUUCAAAUAAUUUAUGUUUUUCAGAGGGGAAGCAUUUGAGGUUCCAAAGUCCCCAAAAUGCUUUUCAGACCCUUUCUCAGAGCUAUAUAACUGCUUCUAAAGAAUGUUCAGUUCAGUCCUGUCUCUACCAGUUUACAUCUAUGGAAUUGCUCAUAGGGAAUAAUAAGCUUCUAUGUGAGAAUUGUACUGAAAACAAACAGAAGUACCAAGAGGAAACCAGUUUAGCAGAAAAGAAAGUAGAAGGAGUUUAUACUAAUGCCAGAAAGCAACUGCUCAUUUCUGCUAUUCCAGUUGUCCUAAUUCUCCAUCUGAAAAGAUUUCAUCAGGCUGGCUUGAGUCUUCGUAAAGUGAACAGACAUGUAGAUUUUCCACUUACGCUCGAUUUAGCACCAUUCUGUUCUGCUACUUGUAAGAACGCAAGCAUGGGAGAUAAAGUUCUCUAUGGUCUCUAUGGCAUAGUGGAACAUAGUGGCUCGAUGAGAGGAGGCCACUACACCGCUUAUGUGAGAGUGAGAACACCAUCCAGGAAAUUAUUGGAACAUAUCACUAAAAAGAAGAAUGUGCCUGGUUUGAAAGAGGCUGAUAGUGAAUCAGCAGGCCAGUGGGUCCAUGUUAGUGACACUUAUGUACAGGUGGUUCCAGAAUCAAGAGCACUUAGUGCACAAGCCUACCUUCUUUUCUAUGAAAGAGUGUUAUAACUAUUAAUGGGAAUGAUUAUUUAGGUCACUUAUUUUUGAAUGCUGCAGUGAUAACUAUAAUAUAUAAUGUGCCUUUGUAGUCUUCCCUCUUCUGUAGGAAUAGCAUGUUCCUCAAAUGGUCCUGAACUUUUUCACCAUUUUGGUGAACACUUUUAAAGUAAGUUUACUCAAUGCAUUAAAAUUCAUAGUCUUAAAAUAAAUGUGAAUUUUGUUUCCAGGUAUUUAUUCUGGGGGACAAAAACCUCCCAGAAUUUAUAGUAGAAGAAACCCCUCUAUGAUGUGGCUCAUUAUUACAAGCAUUCAGAAAUGAUGCUGCCUAAGUCAAAUCAUUCCUUACGACAGUGUUUCCUACGUGUAAUACCACCUUCCUGAACUCUCACAUAUUCUAUAUCAUGGUUAUUUUUUUAAAAAUAUUUUUAUCCUUUUUUAAUCUUUGUCUUGUUUUGAGCAAUCAUAUUCCAUGUUUUAUGUGCUUUUAUAUUUUUUAUAAUAAACAUUAAGAUAAAUAUAUAACUAUUAAA